AUGGAUUCAGUCUUAUUGUCCCGCCAAUCUACCGCCACAAAACCAAUGAGCUCUCUUUCGAAUGAAAGUAUCUCAGUGUCCAAAAGACUCCAGUCAGAAUUGGUUCAAUUGAUGUUUUCAAAGACCCCUGGGAUCUCUGCUUUCCCUGAAUCAGAUUCCAACAUAUUGAAAUGGACUGGACUUAUAGAGGGCCCAAGCGAAACACCAUAUCAUGGCCUCAAGUUCAAAAUUAGCCUAGAGUUUCCUCCAAACUACCCAUAUACAGCCCCAACCGUCAAGUUUGUGAGUCCAAUGUGGCACCCUAAUGUUGACAUGAGUGGAAAUAUUUGCUUAGAUAUUUUGAAAGAAAAGUGGUCGGCAAUUUACAACGUUCAAACUAUCUUAUUAUCUUUACAAUCCCUUUUGGGCGAACCAAAUAACAAGUCUCCUUUAAAUGCUCAAGCUGCCCAUUUAUGGGACACCGAUCCAGAACAAUACAUGCGUUUGCUAUUGCAAAGGUAUGAAGAGAUCGACUCCUUGUGA